AUGUCUCUAACAUCGCUUUUGGCCCCCUUCACUGUCCCUCUGGCCUCACUUCUGGCAAUACCCAUGCUGUCAUCAUGGAGCACAUCACUCAACCUCAUUUUCCUGUCGUUGGCUUGGACAACUAUUGCAGCAACCUAUUCACCGCUACAAUUGGAGGCUUUUGCGCCACUGUUCAUUCGGCUCACUCUUUAUGUCUUCCCUUCCUUAAUCUUCCUCUUGUUCGACAUCGGCGUCCCAUCUCUUUCCGCCGAGUUCAAAUCGCAAGGUCAACUUGGCAUCGCAACGAAGCAAAAAGGUGGAAAGAGGAAGAUGUGGAGAGUCGCCGGAUGGAGUCUGCUCAAUGUGAUUCUGACUAUCGCAAUCCAAGCUGCGACUGAGUUCUUGGUGACAGACGUGCUGAGGAUGAGGAGCUUGUUGCAGAUCAAGGGCACAUGUCACCUCUUGCAUCGCUUUUUACCAUUGUAUCUGCCAGCUAUUGCCUUACGCAUGCAUAUUCUGACUUAUCUGUUCCUGAUUGUACUCUUCAGUCUCGAAGAAACGUUCGUAUAUUCGGGGUACAACAUCCUCCCCUCGACUAUCAUGCUGAGAGGCAUGGCCAGAAGGACAGAUGCACACAUGAUGAGCGAAGGAGAUGGAAACUUUGGUCCGUUGGGCGUUCUGGACUGGGUGCAUGACACCACGCUGGGCAAAGAUGUUGUUGACGACUUGAAGGCGGAAAUGGAAAAACAUCACGUGGAGGAGACAGCUGGUAACGCGAUCGACGGAGCUGGAGACGCGGCGAGUGGGCUUGCUGGAAAACUGAGAGGGAAGGCUGCGGGCAAGGGUAGGAGGAGGAAGUGA